GGCGUGCUACACUAAAUUUAUCCGGCUACAAACAGUUCCUGCAGCUGCUUCAGCUGCCCAUACAUGCGCUCCUAGCGGAGAGGCGUCUGCCUGAGUCUGUGCCCGCCUGGAUCCAUCUAUUUUGGAGACGUUCCUUGAAUCGUGAAGUGUCGGAGUAGCCUCGUUUCUCACUAUGGUGAACCAGGUGCAGCAAGUGGACGGCAGCUGGCAGUCAUGUCGAGGCGACUCCAGCGGCAACAGCAGCGGCGAGAGCUCCAAGGAGAGCUCCCGCUGCUCCACCCCGCUGCUGGACGCAGACCGCUCUGAUCGGCUGCGGGAAAAGAUGAGGAAGAGGAUGGACUCCGGAGAUCAGUGGUUCUCCCUGGAGUUCUUCCCUCCACGCACGGCCAGCGGUGCUGUCAACUUGAUCUCCAGGUUUGACCGUAUGGGCUCUGGAGGACCGCUCUUCAUUGACAUCACCUGGCACCCAGCAGGAGACCCCGGCUCAGACAAGGAGACCUCCUCCAUGAUGAUUGCCAGCACAGCGGUGAACUACUGUGGCCUGGAGAGCGUCCUUCACCUGACCUGCUGCAACCAAACCAAGGAGAAGAUCACCGGCUACCUGGCAAAGGCAAAGCACCUGGGCCUGAAGAACAUCAUGGCGCUGAGGGGAGAUCCAGUGGGAGAUGACUGGGAGGACGAGGAAGGAGGCUUCAACUUUGCCGUCGACCUCGUCAAACACAUUCGAUCAGAGUUUGACGAAUACUUUGACAUUUGUGUUGCUGGCUACCCAACAGGCCACCCGGAGGCAGAAAGCUACGAGCAGGAUCUGCAGCACCUGAAGGAGAAAGUGGAUGCUGGUGCAGACUUUGUCAUCACGCAGCUGUUCUUCCGGGCUGACACCUUCCUGAAGUUCCUGGACGACUGCAGGGCGGUCGGGAUCACAUGUCCCAUCCUUCCUGGAAUCUUUCCCAUCCAGGGAUACCAGUCGUUACGUCAGCUCGUCAAACUGUCCAAGCUUAAAGUACCAGAGGAGAUUACUAAAAUCAUAGAACCCAUCAAAGACAAUGAUGCUGCUAUCCGGAACUAUGGGAUCCAUCAGGCGGUGGACAUGUGUCGUGUCCUGCUGGACAGCGGAAAGGUACCAGGCCUCCACUUCUACACUCUGAACCGAGAAGUUGCCACCCUGGAGGUCCUCCGGCAGCUGGGCCUGUGGGUAGAAGACCCCAGACGCCCUCUUCCCUGGGCUGUUAGUGCAAAUCCCAAACGGAAGGUGGAGGAUGUCCGACCAAUUUUCUGGGCCUCCAGACCAAAGAGCUACAUCUACAGGACUCAGGACUGGGAUGAGUUCCCCAACGGCAGAUGGGGAAACUCUUCGUCUCCUGCUUUUGGGGAAUUAAAUGACUACUACCUGUUCUACUUAAAAAGUAAAUCCUCUAAGGAAGCACUUCUACAGAUGUGGGGGGAGGAACUGAAGAACGAACAAAGCGUCUUCGAAGUCUUCACAUGCUACAUCACAGCACAACCAAACAAAAACGGACAGAAGGUGUUGUGCUUACCCUGGAACGACGAGCCUUUGGCUCCAGAGACCAACUUUUUGAAAGACGAGCUUGAGAAGGUUAACGGACGUGGCGUCCUCACCAUCAACUCCCAGCCCAACAUCAAUGGCAAACCGUCUGCAGACCCUGUGGUAGGCUGGGGACCUCCAGGAGGAUAUGUCUUCCAGAAGGCCUACCUGGAGUUUUUCACCUCCAGCGAAAAUGUCACAGCCCUCCUGAAGGUCCUGAAGAAGUAUGAGCCUCGUGUCAACUAUCACAUUGUUAACGUGCACGGACAUAACAUGACCAACGCACACGAAAUGCAGCCUAAUGCAGUGACGUGGGGCAUCUUCCCAGGCAGAGAGAUUGUCCAGCCCACUGUAGUGGACCCAGUCAGCUUCAUGUACUGGAAGGACGAGGCGUUUGCUUUGUGGAUCGAACAGUGGGCCAAACUCUACGAAGACGAGUCGCCGUCACGAAUGAUCAUCAAGUACAUCCACGAUAACUACUUCCUGGUCAAUCUGGUGGACAACGACUUCCCUCUGGACAGCUGUCUGUGGCAGGUCAUCGAUGACAUGUUCGAGUUGCUGGAUGCAACGCCGGAGCCACUCAGUGAUGAGGCGGGCUCACAGUAAAUGACUUGUUGAGGAAAGAGACAAUUCAGUGAAUUAUUUCAUGUUCUACUUUUAUGUUUACCAAUAAGAGUGCCUUGGUAAAAUACUGAUAUAAACAACAAAGCUUUUGUAGCUGGUGGUUAGUGGAAGGGAAAACGGUGCUAACAAAGAAACUGAACUGUUUCAACUUCAUAAAAAAAUGUAGCACAGUUUAUAUUUCACCACAGAUGUGAAAUAGAAAGUUCAUAAAAUUAAUAAGAAACAAAUGCAACUUAGUGGCCCCCUCCUGGAGGGCAUCGCUGUUGAGGAGAAGCAAAUGACGAAGUAAAUAAAAAAAUUUAUAACGUAAAAAUAAGUGUCGGAAUAAAAACAAGACUGAAGAAUAUGGAAGCCCGUUUCCAUUGAAGCUCGUUAUUUUUAUUUUUUUUUACGGAAACGGGCUUCCAUAGAAGAACACACACUGAAGUCUUGUUAAAUGAAUUUUCAUUUGUAGAUACAUUUUAACAGCUUGUAUUUUCUUUAUAUUUUUCUGAAACAUUUGUAUUUUUUGUCAUUUCACUUACAAUCCAUUUAAAUAGGAUCAUCUCGAGGUUCAAUCUGUAUCCGGUUUCUACAUGAUAAAUGUAACAUAUUCAAAUGAAUCCAACUCAAAGAGGAGGUACAGUCAGUCCUGCAGAUUGGAUUGAGCUUUGAACAACCUUUAUUUUUCUUAUAUAACCAUUUUGUUGGUGGUUACUGAUGGUUAGCUGUCUGCCACUAGUGGAUACUUUAAGUAGGACAGAAUCAUUGUAGUUUGCUUGAACUUACCGCUUCUUUAGCCAGCUGUUAUACCAUAAUCGGCUGAGGUUCCUCCUGUAUUGAGCAGUUUCCCUGAGAGAUCAGAGGUCAUAUUUCUCUGUACACAAGCUGACAACAGUGUCAUAAAUAUUACUAAUUACUCAUUUGUUCCAAUUAGCAAUAUCGCUUUUCAAGAAAAUUAAUCAUUGGUUAUCAUGUUACUUGAGACUUUACACAUUUCAUUUUCUAACCACAGGUAGCAAUAGAUAGUCUGGGAAAAGCUGUUCAGUUUGUGAAAGUCACGUUUUUUUUUUUUUUGAAACAUUGAACUGAAUAAAGAUCUUUUUAACUUA